CGAGUAACUGCAUGAAUUGUGGAUGCGUUUUAGUUCUAGUUUCGUUGUUUGAUGUGAAUUAGUGAUGUGUUAUAUGAACAUAUUAAUAAGUUUUUUUCUAUUAAUUUAGUUGUUUGAUGUGAAUCGGUGACGUACUUCAUGAAGAGAAGUAUAUGUAGAAUAUUUUAAUCUGUUAAUAAGCUAUUUUAUUGAUUAUGUGGUUGUUAUCUGUAGAUUUUAAGUAACUGGAUGGAUAGUGGAUGUGUUUUGGUUCUAGUUUCGUUGUUUGAUGUGAAUUGGUGACAUAUUUCUUCGUGAACGGAAAUAAUUGUAGAGUACUUUAAUAUGUUAGUAAACUAUUUUAGGGAUUGUAUGGUUGAUACUUGUAGAUUUUUAAGUAACUGGAUGGAUAGUGGAUGUGUUUUGGUUCUAGUUUCAUUGUUUGAUGUGAAUCAGUGACCUAAUUUAUGAUUAGACGUAUUUGUAGAAAGUCAUUUUGGAAGAUUUUAGGGGUUUUGGUUGGCCGCAAAUGAAUAGUUAGAUGUGCAGUUUGUGUUAUUGUUCUUUGCCUUAUUGUAGCACCUUGUUCUUAUUGGUUCCAUUAUUGAAGAGCGUUCUUUGCGUGCUAUAUGUAUUCUAGUCCUUUGAUUAAAUCAUUAUUUUGACAUCUUUUCAUGUGUAAACUUGUUAAAGUUCCAUUCACCUUGGUUUCAAAAGGCGCGUGUCAUUUAGUUUUAGGUCAAAAAUUGGUCAGAUUUAGGGUCUGUAGGAGGUUUCUAUGUAAAAACAAUCUUAGGGAUGCAUAAUUUUUAAAAGGUUUACUUGAUAAAUAAGUUUAUAUGUAAAACAUAUGAGAGAUAUGCUGUUUCCGACUGUUAAUAAAGCCUAUAUGGUUGUAAAUAGAUGUGCGCCCCACAUACAGCAACGGCUUUUGGGACCAAAACGCUGCACAUCUUGCUUUUGUUUAAACCGAACCUAGCACAUAGAAAUGACGUCCAGUGCCAAUGAAGGUCUAUAUCCCCUGCAUCGCUCGAAAACAAUUCAUCUGGUGAGGCAUGCUCAAGGAGUUCACAAUGUGGCAGGAGAGAAGGACCAUAGUGCAUAUAUGUCUGAGGAACUCUUUGAUGCACAUCUUACCCCUCUUGGUUGGAAACAGGUAGAUAAUCUACGGAAGCACGUUCAUGCAUCUGGACUUUCCAAAAAUAUUGAAUUGGUUGUAGUUUCACCUUUGCUCAGGACUAUGCAAACAGCAGUUGGUGCGUUUGGAGGUGAAGCGUCUGCUAAUGGGAUUGAUGUGCCUCUGCUAAUGGCAGAAAAUACGGGCAGUAGUAACCGUCCUGCAAUUUCAAGCCUAAAUUGUCCUCCGUUCAUUGCUAUGGAGCUUUGUCGAGAACAUCUGGGUGUUCAUCCUUGCGAUAGGAGGAGAAGUAUAAGCGAAUACAAACCCAUGUUCCCAGCAAUUGAUUUUUCUUUGAUAGAAAAUGAAGACGAUGUUUUGUGGACCAAGGAUAUUAGAGAAAAGGAUGAAGACCUUGCAGCCAGGGGUGUGAAGUUUAUGCAAUGGCUGUUGACACGGGAAGAGAAGGAGAUUGCGGUUGUUACUCACAGUGGUUUUCUAUAUCAUAUGCUUGGUGCAUAUGGAGAUGAUUGCCAUCCCACACUAAAGAAAGAAAUGUCCAAACACUUCAGCAACUGUGAGCUUCGUUCAAUGGUCAUUGUUGAUCGAAGCAUGAUCGGAUCAGACACUUCAAAGACCAACUUUCCUGGGAAAAUUCCAAGCGGUGCUGAUGUCCCGAGUGAUGCUGUUUAGUAGAGAAUCAGAUCUCGACAUUAUGCCUUUCUACUGCAUUUUUACUGAAGUAGUUUGCAUUCGCAUUCGACAUACAACAUUCCUUUUUAAAUUUCCGGAAGGAAAAUAGACAAUCAGAUUUUACACAAGCCUCUAUAUUGGAUUAUAAAUCGUCAAUAAACGUAAUGAAAUACCUACAACCAUGACGCAUGAUGUCGUGUCAAAGUUGUGGAUAUAUGUUUACUGUUUCGAAAUUUAAUUCAAUAUCAUGAAUUAGACUUCAGCAA